GCUGGAGGAUUUGCUUUUCAUUCAUACAAAACAAACAUUAUACUACAAAAUCAAAUCGACCAUAACAAAAAUGCAAGAUGGAUCAGAGCAGCACUCUCUCGUAUAUGUCUUGGCGACUGCUGGUUACGUCCAGGUGUUGGCAAGAUACGAACCCAAGCACAAACAUUAUUUCCAAAGCUCAGCCAAAUUGUACAACAUACAAAUGAAAUACAACUCAUUGUUGAGGCGUUAGAGUCUAAUUUGCCAAGAAUAUUAAAUGCAUUGGCUGAAUAUACAACCGAUGAAGAGAUUUCAGAAUUAUCUAAAGCAUUACUAUCACAUGUGGAUUGCUCAGAAGCUUCUGUACGGAGAGGGAUAGCCAAUUGUGUAGCGCAUCUCACUUCACAUAGAGAACCGUUGCUUACUAAUAUAUUGAAUAAAGUGUUUGAAAAUCUUUGGCCGACAGCGGCGAGUGAUACGAUUAUUGUCGGAUGGUUUUGCGUCAUCAAAGCCAUGUUCCAGAUCAAUGAUAUGGAGAAAUUCACAGAUAACGAUUUAUUUGGUGUUCAAGAUUAUUUAGAGCUCUAUCAUCUAUGCAUACAUUAUUUGGAACAAACAACAACUGAACAUAAUGUACAGAAUGCAGUGAUGGAAUGUCUCUCCGUGUUAUUGUCACAAGCCAACGCUGAACAAAGGAGAGCUUUGUUGGACAAACAUCCAAGAUUAGUUUGCUUAGAUGAUAGGAAGAGUGAAAAGGGACAUCGAAGGCAUAUAAGUUCAGUGAGCGCGGUGUCGUGUCGCAGCGCGCCCAGUCCGUUAACUGAGGGUCGCGAGCUGGACGUGCUGGUGCGCGGCGCGCUGCAGCUCGGCAGUCUGCUGCAGCUUACCACGCCCAGCCUCAGUGUUGAAGAUCUCACUAUACAGACACCAGAUUCACCGGCAAGUGACAAAGAUAUACAGCUACGGGAUGCUGAACAACUGUCCAAGGAGUUAGCGGAGAAACUGGAAGAAAUGGAUGUCACCGACCACUGUGAUGAUGAUGUUCAUAUACAUGAUACCUCUUUUAAGAUAAAUAUCGGAUCAUCAAGUGAUGAUGACGUAGUACUGAAAUACUGCGCGCGAUUGUUGACCUCAAAGUUUCUACUGACUGGGAAUAAAGGAGGGUUCAUACCUGAUAGAUCGAUGAGAGUGUCAGUGAAGGCGUCAGCUUUGACCUGUCUGUCAGAGAUUUUGCGCGUGUACCCGCAAGUUAUGACUUUAUAUUUAGACAAAGAUGCAGAUAUCAAACUGCAGAAUUAUUCCGGAUCAUCUGAAGGUGUUAAUUACAGUCAGGAUAUCAACGAUUUUAUAUUAGAAAGGAAUGUUUGCUAUCAAGAUUCAAUAACGGAAUCAAUAAGUCAAGAACUGUCACACAAGAGUACAGACAGUCAUACGAACACACAGACACAACAAUCAAAGAAAACAACAGAUAAAACGGACAGUCCUGAUCGUAAAAGUUCAAAGGACACACCAUUAAAUCUACAAGAUAUCAGACUUUUAGGGAAAAUGGACCUUAUCGCCAGUGGAAUAAGUGCUGAUAGUACUAACGCUAAUAUGACCAAUAGUAAUUUCACUUCAAAUUCUAAUAUGACAGGAAGCAAUGAUCCUAUAUCUUCAGGUUACCCAAUGUCUAGCAGUGGUGAUGUUUUAUCAUCUAGUAUAGAUUUAGAUAUGAAAUUCGAUCAUUUCGGUGAAUCUAAUACUCUAGAUAAUCUAGAUUCAUUGAAAGAUCUAGAAAAGAAAGAUGAGAGGAAGAAACGGAACGAAGAGUUUAAAAAAGAGAAGAUAGAAGAUGAUAGGAGUGAGAAAGAGUUUGAAUUUCAACAUAUGUGUGAUGUGUUUGCAUUAGAAGGUCACAGUGACCCACAGAUUAGAGGUCUAGUUAGGGUCUGCAUUGGAAAUUAUUUGAUAUCUGCUUUGGAUUUAUCUCAUGGUGAUUACAAUAGAUGGCGCUGGUAUGCUGUUAUGUCUAAAGAUAUUGCAGAUUUUCUAAAUAUUGAAAAACUAAUGGAUAUUUUAUUAAAGGGUCUCUCGGAUGACAUCCAUUCAACAGUGAACCAUACAUUGUCAGCGUUGACCAGUGUAUCAAGAGCUCUAUUCAACAGCGCACAUUGGACGUUGAUGAUUGAAGCAUUGAACUCUCUAGUAAAUGUAGAGAAUAAUAAUUACUGGUUGUGUAGAGUUAAUUUGUGUAAAAUGUAUGAGAAAUUGCCGUAUGAAAAAUUCUUCAUGCUAUGUCCAGAAUACUAUGCAAGAAGUAAAUAUAUAAUGAACACGCUGUUCCGUCUGCUCGCUGACCAGGAUCAGAAGGUCAGGAAUGCAGCAUCACACGCUAUUUCAUUUAUAAUAUCAAAAAUAUAUCCAUCAAGGAAAGAGACGCCAAUAUCUAUGAUGACAGAGACGGCGAGAGAACAAAGUGAUAUGUUCAAUUUCGAUCACCAUCAUUGUGCAUUGGAUUUAGUGAGGAAUAUAUAUUUUUAUAAUGAUCUGCCAUCACAAGUGAGAGAUGGUGAUGAAAUGAAUUCGGAUGCUCUCACGAUGGUUCUCGCUGAUCUGAUGCAGAGGCUCAUGUCGUCUAAUUGCAAGUUUUAUUCUCAAGGUCUAUUGGAAGCACUUGAAUGUAUAUGUAAGCGUUGGUCUCCAUGGAGUCACAAGGCGGCGUACACUGGACAAGGCAUCCUGACUUACUGCCUGGACAACCUGCACUACUGCAAUGCAUCUGUCGCCACCAGAACUAUAUUAUUGAAUCUGUGCUCUAUCAUAUUUCCAGUCGAUAUCCACAACGUGAUGCGUCAUAAGACAACAAAUAGAGAUAUAUUCGAGAGAGAUUAUCAAAAUAUAACAGGUAAAUGGCAACAUUUGGAGAAUGAGAAAGUUGCCAGUUUAGCUGAGAAAUUUCUACAGGUUACAUUGAAGAUGUUGAAUGUGUUGGUGCAUUUGAUAGAGGAAGUUAACCCUAAUGUACAUCUGAAUAAGAGCGGGAUUGCUUUACCUGGCAGUCCUGUACGGAGGAAGACUCAAGACCCAAUCCAAAGACGAGGAAGUACAGUAUCUCAAGAAGCUGAUGAUAAAGGUUCCCUCAGGAAGAAAGUUCCUGCGCCCGCAACAAGCUUAAAGGCUAAUUUCACUGGGCAUUUCUAUAACGAACCAUUUUAUAUGAAGCUUUAUGAGAAUUUGAGAGCUAUGUACUCCAAUCAUAAGAUAAAUUUAGAUCCAAAAAGCAGCAUAUUCUAUGAAUUCCUAGCAACAGUACUGAACUGUUUGGCGGUACAACUAGAAUUGGCUACAGAGAAAGAAUAUGGCUACGUAACUGAGGAGAUUUUGUACUAUCUGAAAGUCAUUAUGCCUUUAUGUCCAUAUAAAACUGUUUACUGCAUAACGCAAUUAUUAAAAUGUUUGUUCGGUACAAAUAUGAUCAACCAGUACAAUGAUUUCAUGAGUAUAGCUGAUAACCGGCCUGUACCGGUUAAAACCAGUUUUUACCGCCAUGUUUUGUUGGUAAAUCCGGUUACAAGUAGAGAAGAUUCUGGAAGAAGUAGCGUUUGUUCGAAUACAAGUCAGAAGUUAUCAUUGGAUACGAAGAAUCCAAGAAUGGUGGAGGAAAGACAGAUGUUGAUAGCUUUGGAGAAUUUCUCUAAGAAUAAAACUGAUAGAAAAUGGAGUACUAAUAAAAAGGAAUUGGAAAGAUAUAUACGUUUGUUUGAACCUGUUGUGAUACAAGCUUUGAAGAGCUACACAAUGCAGAACGAUAUUCCUCUGCAGCGGUCAGUACUAGCACUACUGGAUCAGCUGUUAGCUCUUCGCGUCAAUUACUGUAUGCUGGACAGUGACCAGGUCUUCAUUGGCUUUCUCAUGAAGCAACUGGACUUAGUGGAACAGCAUGAGAUACCAAACUGCUGUGAACUGGUGAAUAGCAUUCUGCUGUUUUUGGUGCAACUUUCAUCCUCGAAACAUCAUACAAAGCAACUCAUAGAGAUACCAAAGUUAAUACAAUUAUGCGAUGGUUUAAUGGCGUCAGGAGCGCACGCUGAAUGUAUCGCAGGAUUAGAACCUGUGGCUGUCAGAGUAUUUAGUAAUAUGGGAGCUGGAAACAGUGUGCUAGGUCGCACACAGCAGCAAGAGGCACAAGCCACGCGGGAAGUUCUCUUCUAUAUGCUGCAGAAGACCAUGCAUCAACCCAAAGUUUUAGAUCUCGUCUCGUGCGUCCUAUCAUUGUCACAAGACCACCCAGAGAGUUAUUAUCGUUGGUCAGAGCUGGCAAGUGACACACUCCUCAACUUACUGACACAGAGGAGCAUAGAGUUGGACUCCUGUGAUGCUGUCAGUUCUUUAGAGAGGUUACUGGAUUCUGUGUACAAAGAUGUCUUGCUAGAGCAAAGUAGAGUUGAAGUUUUAUUGAAGAUUCUCUUCAAAGCACCGCCUGAUCAGGCAACAACAACACGCAAAUUAAAAUUACGUUAUCUGUCAAUAAUAAUGAUAUUACUAAGAAAAGUAUUAGUUUUAAUACCUGAAAGUGAGAUUUUAUUGUCCAUAAAUUAUUUAAAAUCUACAUCAAUUUCACCUCAAUCUAUUUUCUUCAACGCAAAGUUAGACAUCGACCCACUAAAUGUUCAGAAUGUUAACGAAAACUGUGCAAAUCUUUCCCCCGAUGUUGUCUUAGUUAGGUUUCUUUUUAAAACGUUGACAUUCGCGAUAUUAGAGAUGGAUGAUUGUCAAAUGAAUUUAGACUCUAUUCGUGAUGGUAAUAAGGAUGGAUUGCUUUAUUCUGUUUGCGUGAAUAUUAUUGUUCAUGUUAAACAUAUGCUGCAUUUGACUGAUGGUUGUCUCUUCCCAUUGACGGCAAAAACAGCACAAAAUAUUCUACACAAUGAACAGAGUGGAUUAAACACAGGACUAUACAGUCCUGAGGAGAACAUACCACUCGACCAUCUUAACUUGAUCUGUCUGAAGUCAGCACAUAGACUGCCCCUGCUCACCGCGCACUGGUCACAUCUCUUGAUACGGUUGAACUUCAUGUGUCAGAAGUACUGGCACAAGUUAAUGAUUGGUUGUGGGCGGAGCGAUGUGGGCGGGGCGGAGGGCGGGGCGGCCGCAGGAGGGGGCGGGAUGCUGCGCACAGACACGCUGCAGGCUGCCUGCGUCAUCGCAUACUGCGAGUACUUUGUUGAAAAUGGUUUAACCCAAGCGGUGCAUUUAACAUGGCUUCUAGUCAAUAGAGUACAUGUACUAAUUAGUCAGUACAAUGAAGAGAUUGUACAGACUUUAAUAUGCAAAGUGCAAGAGAACUCUGUUGCAUCAGGCUUGUUGCUGCAGGCCAUCGCCGCUAGAUGUCAGUGCUGUCUGAAGGACGAAUUCGCUCUGAACAUAUACAAGAUGCUAUCUCUAAGUCACGAGAGUCAAUCUGGUGCUUUAGUGUUUCUCAUAUGUCGUAUCAUUGGUAAACUGGAACCUGCCAUUGCUGUUAGAUUUGCUAACUUAGCGACAGAAAGGUGCAAAAUGUUGGCAGAAGUUUCCCCAGAAGAUAUAAAAUCUCAGCUCUCUAAAGAAGAUUUACAAGUUGCAUUAGAAUCAUUGCACAGAGACAAGGUUCAUGUCAGAUAUCCAGCUCUUGUGAUCCAGUUAAAUAAUCUAGCAUCCAGCACUUUUGAUCUGUCGCCACUAGAUCUAACGUUAGACCGAGUUAUCAACCCUCAGAAUAUACUGACUACAAAUGUUGACGCUAAUUGGCUCAUCAAUGAAAUUAAAAUAAGAUGUCAUACAAAUGGUUCUUUCCAAAAACUGUCAAAAUAUGACGACUUAGCACUGCUCCUGUCAAAUCUGACGAAAGAAGAUUUACAAACGGUCAUGUCGUGUCCUGAGUUCGACAGGAAAAUUCUGGCAUCCUGCUUUAAAGUGUCAUGUGAUGCGUUCACAAGGGAAUUCUUAAAUAUUUUAUCAGUUUCUGAAGCGAAAGAGAUGGAGAGAGAGAAAGAAAGGGAACAAGAGACUGUCAAGAAAGAACAAGAGUUGACAUCAUCGAUUGACAGUAACAAAUUGAAUGUUGUCAAUUUACAUGUAUUCAAAAGAAGUGACAGUAGAGAAUCUAAAUCACAAUUCUUUAUUCCAAUAAACGAGAAAGAACAAAAAGGCUUUGGAAAUUUAAAGAUAUCCGAAGAGGAAGUAGAAAUGACACUUCCAGAGUUGUCAGAUUUAUAUGAAGUGUCAAUUUUGACAUUAGAUAAGUCGAUAAGUGAUAUUUUACGUCUUUUUCCUAAACAAAAUCGACCCUUAAGUCAAUCUGAAACGUUUAAUCUGAACAUAGAACAAACUAUAGAUAGAUACACGAGGAGAUGUCAUCAAGUAUUUCAAGAUAAAUUAUUUUAUAAAGAAUUUAUAACAGUUCAAGCUAUUUUGACAGGUUUUUUGAAUUCUUUAGAUAGAUUAAUAGCUUUAAUAGACGAAGCUGAUUGUGAUUUGUUAGAGAAAUGUAUAGAGAAUAUUAUACCUAUAAAUGUAUGUAAGAACAUAGCAAUCUAUUGCGUAGUUUCGUUGCAAUAUUUAUCUUUCCUGAUAAAGAAUAAGAAAGAAGUGGAGAGUCCUGUUCACGCUGACGUGUCGUUCAGAGCCACGACAGUGGAAACAGAGAACAUUGUCGUGGAUUAUGUGAUAGUGGAAACAGUGCACAAUGUGGCUAAAGCUUUGACUUUCAAAGAGAUUUGGUCUGAACUGAAUGUGGAUAGUAAUUUUAAUAGAAUACAAUCGGCUAUUAGUUGUUUGUUCGCUGUACUUAAGUAUUUAGUAAAGGACACAAAACCUCUAAUUCUAAAGCAACAUAUGCCAGUACAAGAUUCAGGUCCAAAGCCAGACUUUGUUCUCAUCUCAGAUCGAUUAAUCACAAUGGUACAGUACUGGGAACAUAAUUUCUAUACUAAACCUAUCGGUGAUAUACUGGGAAAGGGUUUAAGAAAACCUAUAGAAAGUUUACUCAUCAGUUUGUCUAGAUUAGAAGUGGUGAAUAAUAUAGCACUAAUACCGCCUAUAGCCUGGUCGUAUGUUGAAGUGACUGUAAAAAAUGAUACAAUACAAAAGAUUGAUUUACCUUUACAAGCUUUACAAGAUAUGGAUGUGUUGGAAUCUUUUCUAUUCAGGGUGAAUCUCCUCGGGUGGUCGUGCAAGAAGCAGUUCGAGGAGAUAUGGGUGGGUCUGCUGGGCGCGCUGCCCGGCAACGGCACGCACUGGGCUGUGCGCGGCAUCGCCCAGCUGCUCGCCACCACCGCGCCCGCGCUGCGCCGCCGCCCCGCACUGCAUCUGCCCAGGACUCGAGUCUAUCUUACUGAUGGUAUGCAACGUCUACGCAGUCUCCUAGUGGGCACGUCAGCAUACACCAUGUUGGAGGAGGUGAACUUGGAGCGCGUGCCUCUCCUCGCUGAUAACUUUGAUGGAUAUCACUGCGCACAGUUCAGUACUGACUAUCUUAAGUUGGCCUCUGAUAUAACGGAGGAGGCGCCCUCUAGAGUGAGACAAGCGGUGAAAAGAAAGAAGAAGAACAAAGAUAUAGAUGUCAACAGUUGUUUACAACUUCUAAUGGAUGUCACUUCAGAAAUGCUUGAACCUAAAGCGGCAACAGGUCUAGCGGCUCGUACAGCUCUCCUGUCGAGUAUUCACACAGUGAGCUGUGCGUUCUCGUCAUCCGCGCACUGGUCCUGGGCUGGUGCGCAGCUGGCGGCUGAGCCAGGCGGGCACUGGGCCAGCGUCACCAGAGCCCUGCUGCAGGCGCUCGCAGUUUGUCUGCCUGUGCUAUACCCUUGUGAGGGUAUGCAGGAGCUAUCAACAGUUCACCAAAAGCUACUUAAAUCUCUAACAUCAAGCUACGCGCCGCUGCGCCAGGCGGCGCUGCACGGAUGCCUGCUGCAGCUGAGCGCGGGCCCCGCGGCGCACCUGCUGCCCGACCUGGUGGCCAGCGUGCGACAUCAUCUGCAGCGUCACCAGCGUGCCAGGAUAUCUCUGUACGAGCAGAGUUUGUACUGGACGGUGUUGUUCUCGCUGGUGGAGUUAGGUCAUCCGGAUCUCGUCAGCCUCGCUGUAGACUUCCUCAUCACAUAUCCUACGCAUUAUUGUACUUCUCUUGUUGUACGGGGUAUAACAACGGUAAUACGAAAACAUAUAUUACCAAAAGAUAUAAAGAAUAAUGUAAUAGAGAAACUAUUGGAUAACACAUCUAAGUACAGUGAAGAGCAUGCAAUACAAAUAUUAAUGGUGCAUCUAUUCUCUGCUGACAGUAGACUAUUAAGUCCAAAACAGACAAUGGACGUGUCAAAUAUGGACCCCGAUGUACUCAUGAGUUCUAUGGAACGGCUGACAUUAUUAUACAAAACACUCAAGCGCUCCAAACUGAAAGAGAGCAAGCAGAUAAUUGCAGCAGCUCUCAAAUACUUCUUGAGAGAGACUCUACCUCCAGCUGCAACUUUGAGUAGAGUUGUGAUGGAGUUUAUUGAGUGUUGCAGAGAGACUGAAGGGAGAUUGGGUUUGUUGAGUGAGAGAGAGAAGUGGAUACAGAGUUCAGUGUUGAAUGCUGAAGUUGUUUAUGAGGUAUUUGAAACAGCUGUUUUACAGAAGCAAUUACCAGUAUUAAGCGGUUGGAUAUUUGAAGCUUUAUGUCAUUUGUUGACUGGAAAAGUUUCAUCAAAUUUAUUACCGUUCUGUGUACUAACGAUACUGGUUUCAGCGAGUUCAAACCGGUUCAUACGUACAAUAGCGCCGCUCUGCUACCAUGUGUUCACAAAUAGUUUUAUUAUAAAUGAAAAUAACGAUAAUUGGACUGUAUUUAGCGAUAAUAAAACGAUAAAUGAUUCGAUAGCUUUCCCUGAUAAGAGGUUGUUGUGUGUUGCAGCUAUACAUUCCAAUUUUUCAACAUCACAGUUGGUGAGAUUGAAAGAGUUGUGUGAAAAUAAUGAUUGUUUAUCAUAUUUGUUGCAAUGUUUGUCUGUUUGAUUGUAAAAUGGAAGUUUUAGACAUUGUAUAAGGGAGUUAAUAGAUGGAGGAAGGAAGUUGAGCGAGGCAAUGCGACGCCAAUACACUUAGAUAAGUUGCGCCAGAGGGAGCUUGACACGGAGACUGCGGGGACGCUCGAACCCCAUUAGAAGACAUUAUUAGUUAGAAUCUUUUAGCGCAAAUGACGUGCUUUCGUUACAAAGUCAAGUGUCAGAAUUAGUGAGGGGACAUGUUCCAGUACACCGGCAGUGUCGGAUUUUCUUCCUAACAGUUACUAGUGUAAUACACAGAAAAGUCUUGACUUUUAGUGUUUAAAAAAACACUUUUUUUAGCAUAAAAAAGGUAUGGUAACGUAGUCAACAAAAUUAAUUACUGUAAGUUUGAUUAUGUAUUUUAAUAUGAAUAUACUAUAGCACUUUCCCGCAACUUCGUUCACUCGGAAUUAAAUAAAAUCUAGUAAUAUAGUGUCAUCUGGGAAUAGUGUAACUUUCCAGCAAUGAAAGACAUUUUUCAAAUCUGUAGUUUUGGACAAACAGACAAACAAAUCUUUCCUCUUUAUAUUAGUAUACCAAUAUAUAUUAUUUAAAUUCAAAAAAGCUUUUUUUUUAAUAUAUUUGGUUUGAAUUUUACAUUUAAUUAUGUAAGUAAAAGGUCUCAUAGUUUUAUUCAAGUAUAGUCGUAGAUGUAAUCUUUAUUUAGGAAAACUUAAGUAUAAAUGUUAAUACUGUUAAAAAAACUAAAGCCUAAAAGAAAUCUAAGCUUAUUGAAUGUUGGUCCUUCGAGCAGUGUACAUUUUUUUUUAAAGAAAACCAAAAAUGGAUCGAAUAAUAAACCCUGUUAAUGCCACUAUUCUUUUGUAAGUAGGCAGUGAAUGUGUUAAAAUAAACAAUAAAUAUGUAUUAAUCGAAAAAAAAUAUAAAUAAAGAAGGAA